AUGGUUUGCGUAUCCUCGAUCGAAAUUCCGCUUCUUUUCGGAGGAAUCAAAGCCGAUAAAGACGGUCUUAACUUCCAAAGAGGCAUCAACAACAAUGGCGACGGAGUCGAUCACAAUACAAACUUUGGCUGGGGCGGAGGAAACUUUGGCAUUAAAGUUUUGUUUGGACUAGAUUCUGAUCGCUUUUCCUGUAUUCAGCACCAAUCUCGGACGAUCUUGUCACAGGUGGAUGCCAGAAGUGGACCGAGAUCGUCGCUCGGAGUCGGCAAGGACGGUUUCAAUUGGGGUGCGGGCGUAGUUGUCACUGAAAGACCUCAGAUUAGCAGGCCCUACAGGCACCCACGAUUUUGA